AUGGCUCUCUCCCGCGACGAACAGAUUGCAGAGUAUGGCUGGACAGCACUUCCCUGCGAUCCCUCACGAUGGGGCGGCGACAAGGAAUACAACACACCCCCUACACGUCAACUCUGCUCUCAAGUGCCUUUGCCCGAUACGCCGCUGGUCAAAGCCGCCACGGAGUACGUAAAGUCCGAGUUGCCAGAACACACCUUCAACCACAGCAUGCGAGUUUUCUACUUCGGCAUAGCAAUAGCCACCCAACAAUUCCCCACUUGGAAGUUCAGUCACGAAACUUGGUUACUCUGCUGUCUGUUUCAUGACAUCGGCACUUGCGACAAACACACCCGUGGCACGUUCCUAAGCUUUGAGUUCCACGGCGGCUUCCUAGCCCUGCACAAGCUCAAAAACUUCAAUGCUCCCACUGCUCAAGCUGAAGCAGUCGCUGAAGCAAUCAUACGCCACCAAGAUCCCGUGGAAACUGGGUGCAUCACAACUAUAGGUUUGCUGAUACAGUUGGCGACGCAGUAUGAUAAUAUGGGGUACAGAAGCGGAUAUGUGCAUGAAGCGACGUUGCAAGAUGUGGUGGUCAAGUAUCCGAGAAAAGGGUGGAGUGGGUGUUUUUCGGAAAAGAUCAGGGAGGAGGUGGAGUGUAAGCCUUGGUGUCACACUACUGCGUUGGAGGAGAAGUUUCCGCAUGAUGUGGAAAAUAACGAAUUGAUGAAGCCUUAUGAGAAAGAAGGCUAG